ACCAAUAUUUUGUAACAAAUGGUUACAAAAUAAAAGUUGAAAAUUUGAUAUGAAUAUAGAGUUGAUUGUUGUGUACGCUAUCAACAUGUACAGGUAAACAUUUAAUUUGCCUGUCAACGAAAUAAGAAUGAUCUUCAUGAUUUAAAAUCUAAAUGUGAUACAAUGAGAUUAAACACAAGCGGACUUUUCAGCAUGGUACCUCAAACCAAUUCUAAAACGUUAUUGUGAAAAAAUAGUCGAUCCAAAAUGUGUUGAGUUCAUGUGAACUUGUGGAAAUAUUUAUUCUCGUAUUCCAAUUGUAUUGACAAUGGAAAGUGGAAAUUGUAUAAAAACUCUUCAAGAACAAAUACUUGAAACACUAUCUAUUGAAGAUAUCAUAAUUCAUUUAUCAAAAUUGAAAAGGAAAAGACACUUCAAGCCGAUAUGCUGGCGUACGACUGACUUGAAUUAUGUAAGUUUUAAUUUCAUUGACUUUGCAUCACGCUGUAGAAACGACGCUAUUGUGAACACAUUAUUUAAAUUUACUUCACUGUUAAAUACGACACCUAAGGUUCUUUAUCAUGAUUCUAAGUCAGAUGUUUGGGACAUUGAUGAAACUCUAAAACAAUCGGGAGCUGACAUAAAUGCAAACACUGCCAAGAAAGACAUAGCAUGCAAUUUCGCAUCUGGCAGGAACGAUGAUAUUGUAGACACAUUGUCAAAGUUAAGUAUGUCACAUGUAGAAACAUUCUCAGUUCUCCAAUAUGCUUCACAUUUAGGAUGCACAAACAUUGUGGAAACUCUAGUUUCAUCAGGCGCUGACAUAAACGCUCAGAAUUCGAGGAAAGACACAGCACUCCAUUUAGCAUCUAUACAAGGAAAUGCUAGAGUUGCUGAAAUACUUAUUAAAAAUGGAGCUGAAUUGAACAUUCUGAACGAGACAGGACAAUCUGCCAUUAGUUUAGCUGUCGCAACUAAAACAAACGGUUGUCUUAAUGCGUUCAUUAGAGCAGGUGCAGAUCUAAAUUUUCCAGAUGGGAGCGGAUCUACCGCUCUGCAUUGUGCAUGUUUAUUUAAGUACGAAGAAAAAGUGAAAGCAUUGAUUGAAGCUGGUGCUAAUGUAAAUAUUGCAAACAUGUCUGGAUCUUACCCACUUCAUAUCUUGUUACCGUAUAUCAAUGAGAUGCUUUUCGAAGAAGAGGUUGUCGAGUAUCAGGACGUAAACAAGAUAGCGGACUUACUGAUCGAUGCUAAAACUGAUAUAAAACUUAAAGCUAAGCAUGGUAUUACUGCUUUACAUCAAGCCGCUAUGAUGCCUGGUAACAUUCAACUUAUUGAGAAACUGAUAGAAGUAGGUGCAGAUGUAAAUGAACAAAAUGAUGAAGGAGAAACGGCAUUGCACUUAGCAUGUACGUCAAACGAGAUUAGAACAAUUCAGGUCUUGACAGAUGCAGCAACAGAUAUAAACAUAGAAAGUAAAUUAGGUGAUUCCGCUCUUCAUUAUGCUGUUCGGUUUGGAAAAAUUGAACCUGUCAAAGGUGAGCUAUGUGAAAAAAUUAAAUCAUUCUUAAAAUGUCUCCUGGAAAAUGAAUAUCAAAACUGUUCGUCCAAAACAAGGAAAAACCUUUUGGAAUCUAAAAACAGAGUUGGCAAUACACCUCUUCAUCUUGUCAUUUAUAAUGGAUCAACAUCUGACUCUGGCUUUGAGUACUCUAAAUUUGUAUUUGAAUUAUUUCUAAAAGCUGGGGCAAACAUUAACUGUAGAAACAGUUUAGGAGAAACUGCUUUGCAUUAUUUGAUGUUUGCAUAUCGGUCAUAUCAAGACCUGGCAAAAACUGUGGUAGAAAAGGGUUCGGAAGUAAAUGUUCGAAAUAUAUUUGGAGAAACUGAAAUUUUCAUAGUUCCAUAUUCAGUUUCUGAUACAGAUUAUUUGGAAUUUUUAAAACUGUCUGGAUGUGAUACGGGUAUUUGUAACAACAUUGGACAGACAGCUGUAAUGUUACAUUUUAAAGACAUAUUUUUCCGAAAUGAAAAAUGUAUAAAUCGAGUGUUGGACAAUAAAGCAAUCAUCGAUAAACGGGACAAUUUUGGAAGUAAUUUAUUGCACUUUGUAGCAUGGGAAGUAGAAAAUGAAAGGCUUAUCAACAUUGACUUCUGUAACAUGGAAAUCUCAAAAUGUUCUGUUGUUAGAGAUAAACAAGGACUGCUCCCUUGCGAUGUUGCUUUUUUAAGAGGCCACGCCAAUAUUCUCCAGCAGAUUUGUGUUUGUAAAAAUGGGGUCCACAAACUGGAACCUAUUUUUUAUCACAGACACCUGAUAUUUUGUGAAUUGAAGAAAAAAUACAAAGCAUUUACAAAAUGUAUAUUCGAUCUUUCUAAAUACUGUCUUGAGCAUAACAUAGGAAAUAUCGUUAAUAUUCCUUUUUUAGGACUGGUAAGAUUUAAAGAAGAAGCAAGUGAAGUCAAAUCAGCUAUUACAGAUUUUGUAAACUAUAUAUGCAAGAGACUCGGAGACAAGGAUACAUUACUGAAAAAUAAAGUAAUUUUAUCUGGCAGUGUCGCUGAAAAUACAAAAGUUGGACUACCGGAUGAAUUUGAUUUUAUAUGCUUACUGGAUAGAAUGUCCGAGUUGCUUUGUAUAGAGCAACAUCAUAAGACUGACAUUCAUGUAAAACUUCAGGAAAUGUACAGAGGGGAUGUGUCUAGUCGGUUUUUUGACCCUAAUGAUAAUAUUUUUAUUGCUUCAGAAUUUCUCAACAGGAUCUUUGACAUCUUAAACGAAGUUUUACAUGAGUCUGGCACAUAUUCCCAUCCAAACAUAUUUUAUGUGAAGGGUGGAUUUCGAAGACCUGAACGCUCCCCCAACUUCAAAUUAAAGUUGAGAUGGUGUUCCUGUAAAUAUAAAGACAUGACGGUAAAAAUAGACAUUGUGCCUGCUUUUAAAAUUCAUUGUCCAUCAGGUGCAAAUUUGUCUUCUGAUAUAUUUAAUCCUGCGACAAACAAUGGUGAAUUUGUGAUGGUAAAAUUCAUAGACAAUGAAAUAGUUCGUGAUAUCAAAAUUAUAAGAUUUAGUGUCUUUUCAGUGAGUGUCUGUUCAGAAACUGCCGUUUUGGAGGAAAAUAAUCGUAUCUCUGCACUUCCUUCAGAAGCAAGAGACGCAUAUGUGAUAUCAAAAAUUUUAUGUAGUGAACGCGUAUGUCCGUCUGUAACGGAUGUGAGAGCAGAUAUGAUUGGUGAUAGUAUAAACAAUUAUAAAAAGAGUCAAUGUUUCACUAUCAUUUCAAGCUAUAUGUUAAAAAAUUGUUUAUUUUAUGUUGUUGAUGAACUACAAAAGAAGUCAAAUUCUAUUUUGCCAAUCACAGUUUAUACGUACGUUUGCGAAAUAUUUUUGAAACUUUUACAAUUUUCAAAUCAGGGAAAAUUUCCAUGUUAUAUGUUGCCUAACAUCGACUUGUUUACAAAUGAUAACUUAGUGUUUGGGGAAGGUAAUCAAGCGUGUAAGGUUAGAGCUAUGUAUGUAAAAUUAAUUUUAAACAUUCUUGGCAAAAGUGUUGAUUUUGACGGUAUGAAUUUACACACUUCUGGGACAAUUACAGUUGUGGGUGAGUUAGAUAUAUUUGCAUAUGCAUGUCAAAGAAAUGAUAAUAUCUGUGCAAACUGUAAAAAAAGCCAAGAAGAAGAUAAUGUUAUUCUUAGAACAUGUUCCAGAUGUAAACUUUGGACAUAUUGUAGCGACGAAUGUAAGGAAAGAAACCUUGAACGUCAUAAACCAGCUUGUGAUUACCAUUAUAAACAACUGUCUCAAAAAAGGAAUGAUGAGUAUGACGUGACAGGUCGUGCAAUAAACGGGAUUUCCUUAUAUACGAAAGGACGUAUCGGUACAACUGUUUAUUCUUCUGUACUAAAAGUAAUAAUAAUGGAAAGUCGAGGUUGUAUAAAAACUUUGCAAGAAAUAAUACUGAGAACACUGUGUAUUGAAGAUAUCAUAAUUCAUAUAUCAAAAUCAAAAAGAAGCCGUGAUCUGUUGCCGAUUACCUCUCGUAUGACUAACGUUCAUUAUGAAAGUUUAAAUUUGAUUGACUUUGCAUCACGGUGCCAGAACGAUGAUAUUGUGGACACAUUGUUAAAAUACACCUCUCUGUUAAAUACGUCGUUUGGAGAAAACUUCACAGUUCUUCAUUAUGCUGCUCAUUUAGGUAGCACAAACAUUGUGGAAACUCUAGUUAGGUCAGGAGCUGACAUUGACGCUCAAUCUGAGAAGAAAGAAACAGUACUUCAUUUUGCAUCAAGAAACGGACAUGAUAAAAUUGUUGAAAUACUUAUAAAAAGGGAUUGUCUUGAUACUAUGUACGCUCAAAUUGUAUUUGAACUGUUUUUAAAGGCUGGGGCAAACAUAAACCUUAGAAACAGCUUAGGAGAAACUGUCUUGCAUUUUCUGAUGGUUGUGUAUUGGCCCUAUAGUGAAUUGGCAAAAACUGCAAUAAAAAAAGGUUUGAAAGUGAACUUUCGAAAUAUAUUUGGAGAAUCAGAGCUUUUCAUUGUUCCAUUACAUUGGGAAGACUCGAUUUCUGACACAGAUUAUUUAGAAUUUCUAAAAGUAUCAGGAAUUGAUACUAAUACGUUUAACAGAAUGGGACAGACAGCGGCAAUGUUACAUUGUAAAGACAUAUUUUUCAAUGUAAACUCAUUAGAUAAAGUUUUUGACAAUAAGAUGAUCAUCAAUAAACAGGACAAUUUUGGAAGUAAUUUAUUACACUAUAUAGCCUGGAAACAAGAAAAUGAGAGCUAUAUCAACACAAAUGUACUUCAUACGGACAUUGCGGCAAUUUCGAAAUGCUGCCCUGUUAAAGAUAAUCACGGACAGCUCCCUUGCGAUGUUGCUUUUUUAAGAGGCCACGCCAAUAUUCUUCAGCAGAUUUGUAUUUGUAAAAAUGGAGUUCACAAACAGGAACCUAUCUUCUAUCACAGACACCUGCUGAUUAAUUCUCUGAAGGAAAAAGAUGAAGCAUUUACAAAAUGUGUACACAGUCUUUCUGAAUAUUUUCUUCAGAAUAACAUUAGAAAUAUCAUGAAUAUUCCAUUUUUAGGACUUGUACGAUUUAAUAAAGAAGCAAAUAAAGUCAAAUCGGCUAUUACAGAAUUUGUAAACUAUAUAUGCAAAAGACUCGGAGAAAAAGAUAAAUUACUGCAAAAUCAGGUAAUUUUAUCUGGCAGUGUCGCUGAAAAUACGAAAGUUGGGCUACCAGAUGAAUUUGAUUUCAUAUGCUUACUAAAACAUAUGUCUGAAAUGAUUGACAUAGAACAAUAUAGUAAAACUGGAAUUGUCAAACUUAAGCAAAAGUACAUAGGGGAUGUGUGUAGUCGGUUUUUCGACUCUGAUAUCUAUGGUAAUUUCAUGUCUUUAAAACUUAUCAAACGGAUUUUUGAUAUCAUAAAUGAAGUUCUACAGGAACCUGACACAUAUACACAUCCAAACAUAUUUUAUGUGAAGAAUGGAUUUCGGUCAUCUACAAAUUCGCCAAACUUCAAAUUAAAGUUAAGGUGGUGUUGCUGUAGAUAUAAAGACAUGACAGUAAAAAUAGACAUUGUACCUGCUUUCAAAAUCCGUCGUCAUAGUGAUCCUAAAUUGUAUAGUGAUAAAUCUAUCACUUCGGCAAGCAAAAGUGAAUUUAUUAUGAUACUAUUCAGAAAAAGUGAAAGCAGGAAAAGUUCAUCACUAGCAGGUGUCUGUUCAGUAUCAGCCUCGAUGGAAGAAAAGCAACAUUUCGCCGCACUGUCUUCAGAGGCAAAGGAUGCCUACCUGAUAUCAAAAAUUUUAUGUGGGGAACGUGUAUGUCCGUCGGUACUGGAUGUUGCAGCAGAAAAAUGUAACCGGGACAGUUACAGAAAGUCUCAAUGUUUUGCUAUUAUUUCUAGCUAUAUGUUAAAAAAUUGUCUAUUCUAUGCUGUUGAGGAACUACAAAGGCAGUCAGUUACGUUUUUGCCAGUUACAGUUCAUACUUACGUUUGUGAAAUAUUUCAGAAACUUUUACAAUUUGCAAAUCAGGGAAACUUUCCAUGUUACAUGUUCCCUGACAUCAAUUUGUUUACAAAUCAUGACUCAGCCUUGGAGAGAAGUAACCAAGCGUUAAAAGUAAAAAUAAUGGAAAGUGGAAGUUGUAUAAAAACUCUUCAAGAAAUGUUACUGAGAACACUUUGUAUUGAAGAUAUCAUAAUUUAUAUAUCAACAUCAAAAAGAAGCCGGGAUAUGUUGCCGAUUCACUUUCGUAUGGCUGACGUUGAUGAUAAAAGUUUUAAUUUGAUUGACUUUGCAUCACGUUGUCGGAACGAUGAUAUUGUGGAAACAUUGUUACAAUCCACCUCUCUGUCAUUUCAAGAAAACUUCACUGUUCUUCAUUAUGCUUCUCAUUUAGGAUGCACAAACAUUGUGGAAACUCUAGUUAGGUCAGGAGCUGACAUAAACGCUCAAUCUGAGAAGAAAGAAACAGCACUCCAUUUUGCAUCAAGAAACGGACAUGAAAAAAUUGUUGAAAUACUUAUAAAAAGGGGCGUCGAAUUAAAUAUACAAGACGAGGAAGGAUAUUCUGCUAUUAUUUUAGCUGCCGAACUUUACACAAACGGUUGUCUUAAUGCAUUAAUAAGGGCAGGAGCAGAUCUUAAUUUACAAAAUUCAUACGGAUUAACUGCUUUACAUAUAGCAUGUUCAUACAAGGACGAGGAAAAGGUUAAGAUAUUAAUAGAAGCUGGCGCUAAUGUGAAUAUUGCAAGUAGGUCUGGGUCUAACCCACUUCAUACCUUAUUACAAAGAUUUGAUAAUUUCUUUUUGAUAAUUCGCGAUGAAUCGGAUAUCUAUACAGGAAUGAAAUAUGAUUCGAUCAAGUAUCACCAAUUGAUAAAUAAAAUAGCGGCCUUACUAAUUGAUGCUAAUAUUGACAUAAAACUAAAAGAUAUGGAUGGUAAUACUGCUUUACAUCAUGCCGCUAUGAUACCUGGUAACGUUCAACUUAUUGAGAAACUGAUAGAAGUAGGUGCAGAUGUAAAUGAACAAAAUGAUGAAGGAGAAACGGCAUUGCCACCCUUUGCCUUGUACUAUUAA